UUCGAUGAACGCUGAGUUCACGUCUAUUUUUUUAUAACUGUAAAAGUUGCGUUUGCGAGUGUGGGGUUUCAAGUCGCGAAGUCUAUUGUAAGGUGUAAAAGUCCAGUUUGAAGAAUGCAAACGUGAAAGAAAGUAUAUUCGGUAUUAGAAAUUAUAAUUUAUUACAUAUAACAAUAAAAUAGUUACCAGCAACAGAUAAAAAUGAAAUCCACGCUAGUGUUCUUAUUGUGUUUCGUCAUAGUUUGUGUAUUAUCUUCGAAAGAUAUGUUGAGGAAAAGUAUUGUAUUUGAUAAAAAUACUCCAGAUGUCUUUUACUGUCCCAUUCACAAACCCACUGGUUUUGAAAAACUGAUUGUAAAAGCCCGGCCUUUAAAAAAACUUUGCGAAUUCGAAGGGAAAGAGAUACCAGAAGACUACAAAAGCGAUUGUUACCAAGACGUUGAUGAAUCUGAUUAUGCCUGUAAAGAAAAGUACAGAAUAAUGAUGCGUAUGCACCCUCCAGGUUCUGAUGUACCAUUCAAUGGUAACAAGAUGGCUCGUUUCGUCAACGUAGACAAGGAAUUUUACAUUAUGAAAAUGGACAACAAACUAAAAAAUUUGCGAGUCAAAAAACGUUUGAGAAAUAGACUGAUUACCAGGAAUACUAAACAUUGAUUCCUCGAACUCUAAUUGAAAUGCAAAAAGUACUAAAUUUGUUAAUAUGUUAACGUUUGGCUGUUUUACAAAAUUACUAAGUAUUAAUUCCAAAAAGUAUAAAUAUUUUAUAUUUUUUAUAUUUAAAUCUUUAAUAAAAUUAUAUUUACUA